CGUCCCAGGCGGGGGGUCCUGGCAAGGCGGGGAGGGAGGGGCAGGGACGCGGGGCGCAUAGGCUUUGGGGACGCGGGGGGACUCGGGGGUCUGCGAGCCUGUCGCCGAGGGCAGCCGGCGUGUGAGCCCGGGAUGGAGGCGGGCAGGGCCGGGUCCGAGUGGGGUACGAGUGGGCUCCGCGGGGCGGAGGCGUUUCGGAACUGCCCCAGCCCGCCAGCGCGGGUGACAUCAGCCCCCUCCCGCGCCCCGCGCCCCGCGCCCCGCGCCUUUUGUCCCGGCUCCGCCCCGCCCAUCCGCGAGGGCGGAGACUCCCGACCGUGACUUCAUUGAGCAGGUUCUUGGGGAUUGGGGUCGGGUCUUCUCUUGGGGGGGCGGGGGGUUGGCGAGGACAGCCUCUCGGGCCCGCCCAGACAGUCACACCUGCACACGCGCCACCCCGCUGCUCGCACUGCCAGCCUCGCACAGCCACACACUCAGACGCCGCUGCACCUGAGCGCAGGUGGCCGCUGGACUCGAGCCCUGAAGGCUCCACACCUGGGGGACCAGGUCCAGCUCCCGCCGCACCCGACAGGCCUUGCAAGGGCCGGGGCCUCCGACAACCCCCACGAGGUGGCGGCUUCCAGAGCGGCAGCUCUCCCUGCGGGCUCCCGUGGAGCGAUCCGAGGUGAGGGGCCGGGCUGGGCAUGUUUAAGCGCACAGCGCUCUCCUGCCCAUCCCCAGCAGCACCCACACUGCAGGCCCGAGGAGCUUCCCGGAGCUUCCCACACUUCUGGGGAGAAGACUUCUUAGCCAGCUUGAUGUUUAAAAUUCAGCUGGAGCCCCUAAAACUUCGAGCGUGGACGCUGAAUGGGUUUGUAAAGUUUCGAAACAAGGAGACCAGUGCCGGGCCUGUGGCUGUAAUGGGAAAGGAUUACUACAAGAUUCUUGGGAUCCCGUCAGGGGCCAAUGAGGAUGAGAUCAAGAAAGCCUAUCGGAAGAUGGCCUUGAAAUACCACCCAGACAAGAACAAAGAACCCAGUGCCGAGGAGAAGUUCAAGGAGAUUGCAGAAGCCUAUGAUGUGCUGAGUGACCCUAAGAAACGUGGCCUGUAUGACCAAUAUGGGGAGGAAGGCCUGAAGACCGGCGGCGGCUCCUCGGGCGGCUCCAGUGGCUCCUUUCACUACACCUUCCACGGCGACCCCCACGCCACCUUUGCUUCGUUCUUUGGCGGCUCCAACCCCUUCGACAUCUUCUUUGCCAGCAGCCGCUCCACGCGUCCCUUCAGCGGCUUUGACCCAGAUGACAUGGAUGUGGAUGAGGACGAGGACCCCUUUGGUGCCUUCGGUCGCUUUGGCUUCAACGGGCUGAGCCGGGGCCCCCGGCGCGCCCCGGAGCCGCUGUACCCGCGGCGCAAGGUGCAGGACCCGCCCGUGGUGCACGAGCUGCGGGUGUCGCUGGAGGAGAUCUACCACGGCUCCACCAAGCGCAUGAAGAUCACCAGGCGGCGCCUCAACCCCGACGGGCGAACUGUGCGCACCGAGGACAAGAUCCUGCACAUCGUCAUCAAGCGCGGCUGGAAGGAAGGCACCAAGAUCACCUUCCCCAAGGAGGGCGACGCCACCCCUGACAACAUCCCGGCGGACAUCGUCUUCGUCCUCAAGGACAAGCCCCACGCCCACUUCCGCAGGGAUGGCACCAAUGUGCUCUACAGCGCCCUCAUCAGCCUCAAGGAGGCGCUGUGCGGCUGCACCGUGAACAUUCCCACCAUCGACGGCCGGGUCAUCCCUCUGCCCUGCAAUGAUGUCAUCAAGCCGGGCACUGUGAAGAGACUUCGUGGGGAGGGACUUCCCUUCCCCAAGGUGCCCACCCAGCGGGGAGACCUCAUUGUUGAGUUCAAAGUUCGCUUCCCAGACAGAUUAACACCGCAGACGCGACAGAUCCUAAAGCAACACCUACCCUGUUCCUAGGCUCUGCCCAGCCAGCCCAGAGUCUGCCACAGCAAUACCCCCACACUCGCCCAGUCAGCGUGCACCCAGCUUGCUGUCCACUGGAUGCUGGCACCUUUUUCUAAAAUGAGAAGAAGAAAAAAAAAGUCACUGUUUUUUUUUUUUCCAGGAAAAUGUUCCUGCCCCUGGCCCCUUUCAGAACUGGGCUGUCUUGGGGAAGGGGGGUGGGGUGGGGAGAGUUAGCCCAGGCCAGGGGUCAAUUUUCAUGUCACUAUCUUUGAAUCCACGUCCCACUCCAGUGACUGGAGAGUGACUUGAGUGCUACUUGAAGAUAUAGAGAUUCCUUGUCCUCGCCUGUAAAUAGCAUGUCUCCCUUCCCGCCUCAGCUUUGCUAGUACCUCUCCUCUCCCUUCCCUGCAGCUUCCCCCUGCCAGGGGAGGUGGAGGAGGAUGGAACGGACACUGCUCCUCCCCACCCCCAGGCCCACAGUGUCCCAGGUCAGCGCACACUUACCCACAAAGCACUCACCUGGAGCCGUCUGUGUCCCUCCCGCCAGGGUUGAGCUAGGAAAGGAAGGUCCGUAAGUCCACUAACUGGGCCACUGAGCACAAGACACUUUUCAUUUGGGACAGGGAGGUGACGGGGUCCCCAGCAGCCUCCUGACAGCUGCCCGGCCUCCACCCUGUAGAGCUGGAAGUUCUCCUCCCUGUUGUUCUCUAAGUGGAAGGAGGAGGGCAACGUCCAUCCCCCCCAGCCUUCAUCAGGAAGAGAAAGGGCUUUGGGGUCAGGUGGCAGCUAUUCCCCACCAAGAGAUUCAGGGUAACAGGUUUCUCCCCACAUCUCUGAACUCAGGGCCUAGCCACCCCCAGACCCCCCCUCCCCAACCCCACUUUUGUGAUACAUGAAGCUACUUCUUACCCUUCAUGGAGGCCACAUGGGGAAUGUUCAACCCUCUGAUAUCUGUGACUCCACCCCACCCCCAUGGUUAAAUGAAGGUGGAAUAGUGAGGUGAUAAGGGGAGACUGUUUCCACCAGGUCCUGGGGUGGGGUCUUUAGGUAUUCUCACUUUGACAAGCCCCUGAAUGUUUUUAUAGUAGUUUUUUGUAUUUUUUUGUAAUGACAGUAUUAUGAAAAAAAUAAAAUAAAAUAUUUUAAAAAUAUA